AUGGAGCCCACAGCAACAAGACCCUCGCGCUCCUCGUCUUCCGGAUCGCGCAAAUCCGACCUCUCCCUCGAUCUGUCAAAUUUGCCUCCUCUACAACCGCCGACGCCCCCUUCCAAUACACUGCUCCUGACGAACCUCGACAACGUCGCCAUCUUCACCCCCGAUAACCUCGCCACCAUCCGCAACCUAAUCUCCGCCUCGGCCUUCAUCCACGCAUUCGCCCCUCUCAAGUCGUUUAGGAGGAUAGUCGUAUCCUUUUUCGAUGUGGAAAGCGCCAUCAAAGUCAGGAAAUUGUGGGAUGGCGAGAUGAUCCUUGGCGAGAAGUGCAAAAUCUACUUUGGUAUGGACACGCCCAUCAAGACCAAGGACGAGCAUCUUGCUCUCCCCGACGCCGGUAAACUCUUCUUCAUCAGCCCCCCUCCGAGCCCCCCACACGGCUGGGAGAUGAAGAUGGAGGAUGCGCCGAAUAAACUCGUCCACGCAGACGACUUGGCUGCUGCGCUGUCCAAAUUGCACCACCACGCGCCGCCCCAGGCCGAUGACACUCCUGUUCACGAGUCGCCCGUGACGCCUGAUGGCGGUGUCCCCAAAAUGAGGAGUCGGAGCUCGACGUUGAUCUACCAACCUGAGCAGAAGGACAGCCCGCAUAUGCCCGCUGUCGUCGUGGAAGACAUGACUGACGACCUGGAGCUCAAGGAUGAGAAACCAAUUCUGGCUCACACGGCGCGGCCGCCCGUGGAGCUGAUGCAUGAUGCCUAG